UCAUUCUCUUCCUUCUUUAUCAUUUUACUUUUAUUUUCUAUCUGAAACAAACACCAAAAUUACGGAUGCGAUACAUUAUGGCGACUGACUCGGAUGACUCGUCCUUCCCGUUCCCAAACAAGCGUCGCAAAACCCUAUCCUCGACCUCCAAGUCGAAAAUCCAAGACAACCCCAGUCACUCUCACUUCGAAGCUCAAGAACAGCUACAAUGGCCUGCCAAUUCCAAUUCCCCUUGCAUGAUCUGCUUAUCCGACAGUGCCAAAUCGAUCAGAGGCAUAAUCGAUUGCUGCGACCAUCACUUCUGCUUUCUUUGCAUCAUGGAGUGGGCCAAGAUCGAAUCCCGUUGCCCCAUAUGCAAGCGUAGGUUCAGCACCAUUCAUAGGCCGUUCAAGGACGGUGUCUUUUACCGUGAACGCGUUGUCAAGGUCCCAGUCCGCUACCAGAUUUACACUCCUUAUGGAAACACAACAGCUGGGCCUUCUGAUCCUUUUUCACAAGUUUUAUGUAGCAUAUGCCAUCAAAUGACUGAUGACAGUCUUCUAUUACUUUGUGAUCUUUGUGAUUCAGCUUCUCAUACGUACUGUGUAGGCUUGGGUUUUACCGUUCCUGAAGGUGAUUGGUUUUGCCAUGACUGUACUGUCUGUAGAACGCAACUUGUCAAUAGGGAAAUGCAUGCUGAUAGUCACAAUGAAAAAGUAAUACCAACUCUUGAGGAGCAUGUUACUAUCUUUAAUAUCGUAAGAGAACCAAAUAGCCCAGCAGUUGCCAGAGAGGCCACAAAAUCUUCAAAUCUAAACCUGCUGUCACCUCCUGUUGCCCCAGAUAGGGGAAACAGCAUUGUAGUGGAAGUAAAUGGCCCUGCUGCAAGAACACUUCAGAAUGUUGCUGAUGGAGCAACCCAGUCAGGUGCAAGAACAUUGCAACGUUGUCGUGACGUGCACAGUCAUAUCCAGGCACUUCGUGAAAAUUGGCAUGCCUUCCGUAAUGGGUCAUUGAGCUUCUCUUCCCUUUCAUCUAAACCUGGCUGCGGAAGUGGCCAAAAAUUGAACAUCAGGACAGUAUCGCAUGAAAGAUCAGAUCAACAAAAUUCAUCAUCCUCCACAAGUUGUCAGCAAUUGACGACUGAGGCUAGUUUUCCUGGAAGUUCUGGGCACAACAGAAGCUCGCAUGACAUUGAUAAGGCAUGGAAAAUGUUGUUUAAAGCAAAGUCCAUACAGCAUACUCUUGAAAAACCCAGUUGUACUAAUCAGGUUUCAAAACUUCAUUCCAGCACAGGAAAAGCUGCAAACGAUGCACCCAGUAUUAGUUCAACUUUUCAUUCAUUGAAAAAUAAACAAUUUGGAGCCGAGGAUGUUGGAAGAAUUGCUAUGAAGAAGCAUUAUGAUUGUUAUUCUCUUGAAAAAGAUAUUGGAAAUUGUCAAUCUGGUAAGGUAAAAAAGCAGAAGCAGAGUAGUGUCACUACUAAAGAAACUGUAGAAUCUAGUGAGAGUGAGGGUGUCGCAGCAACGCAUUCCCUAGCAUCUUUCAAAUCUUCGUUCUCUAGAAAUAAAUGGUCGGGUAUUCAAGGUAAUGUCUGUGGUAAAAAUGGGUCAAGACUGUUACAGGGAUAUGUAAAUGGAGCCUCAUUAAAUUUCUCCGACAAGGACAAUGAAUCUACUUGUUCAAUGAGUUUGGUUGGAUCGAUGCCAAGAGUUGCUGAUUCACUAUAUGCCAAAACAGACCUCAGUACAUCUGUGCCUGGUGAGGUAGAUUUUUCGAAUGAGAGAGUUAGAUCUGGAAAGGAUCUUACUGAAAGCAAUGCAGUUAAAGAUGAUGAAGCCAAAAGUGAGAUUAGAUCUCUUGUCAAGCUUAACUUGAAGCUCCUAAGCAAAGACAAAAAGUUGGGAAUUCAUGCUUUUAAGGAAAUUGCAAGGCUUGCCACUCAUACUAUCUUGGCUGCAUGUGGUUUAGAGCACCGUAUGUCUGGGGUUCACCCCUUCCCGAGCUCAGUGUGCCGCCACACUGAACAUAUUCAGCAGCUCCACAAGUCCACUCUAAUGCCUAAUUCUUGCCGAGAAUGCUUUUGUAUCUUUGUAAGGGAUGUUGUUAACUCCGUUAUGUUUCAGAAAGUGAGUUGUAUUGAAUCAAACUGAGUUAUUCAGCAUGUGGAAAGCAAGACUACCCUAUCCUUUUAAUACCCAAUUACAGAAAUAUGCAUCAUAUACUUCAGCAGUUUCCUCCCAUUUUAGAGAUUAUGCUACUUGUCAUGUACUGAUUCAAGGAACUCUCGAGCCUAUCAAUUCAAGGAAUACUCAAGUCACACCUGUGCCUAUAUGUUAAAAGAACUUGUUAUUGAUCUUUCAUUCUAUUAUUGGUGGCAUGGCUUAUGUCACAUUUCUAAUUGGGUUUGGUGUAUAUACCAUUUGUAAAAACUCAUAAUACUCAUGCCAUGUCUGAGCCUAUAGUAUAAAAGAGAAGUAUUGGAUCUGCA